CGUUGCAUGUACAUAUCACGUGACGUAUGCACAUCCGGGUGUUCGUAAUGGACUCUAUCCUCGUGUCGUAUGGUAGUACAGACGUUGACGUUCCUGCAGUCCUUCUAGAUGAGCCUAAUGCUUUGAAAGACGUACUGAGCUACGAGACGUGGUCCAGAAGAUUGACUGUCGAAGAUCGUCAAUACCUUCAGCAAUUUUUGCCAAGACUGCCCGACAAGAAUAAUACAGCUGAUGAUGACGACAAUGUUCGUGAGUUGUUUUCAGGCGCUAACUUUAGUUUCGGAAAUCCUGUUGACAAGUUUAUCAAACAACUUUGUAGAGGUGAAUUUGGUUCUGGUGUGCAACAUCUACAGAGACUAAAGCGGCAAGACAAAUUCGAACAAUAUCAGUACUCUCAAAGACGAUACUAUCACAAACUACUCAAUGAACUCAUUAUAUCCACUCAGGACUACUUGGAAUCCGCAGCCAAAGUGGGUGCUACCGAUAUUCCACCUCGUCAUUGUCUGGAGCCUCUUCCGGAAGAUGAGAUGGUGAAAAGGAAUGUUGACUUGAAAUAUAAGAAGGUGCUGUACCAAUGCAGGAAGGAGGCAGAGGUACUUGACACAUCAUCAGAUGAUGAUCUUCCUACAGAUGUUAAACAUCAGAUAGACAUGGUAACAUCCGUUCUUGACAUACUCAAUAUGCCCGUCAUUCAAAGGCCAUCGGAUAUUACAGACAGCGAUUAUCUCAAGAUGCUUCGACAUCAUGCCAAACGAAGGAGGAACCAAGAGGAUCACCCUGAACUUAACACUAGUACUGUAACGAUGCCUGAUGUGCCAAGUCAACGAAAAUCACCGAUGAAACAGAAGAUGGCAAGUGGGCAAACUGUGAAGCCACUUACUGCCAGACCAGUGCUACAACAUAAGCCACAUGGAACGCAUAGGACUAAGCCAACGAAAAGGACUGCAGCAAGGCGUCAGACUGCCUCAAAAACGCAAAUCAGCACUGCACAGCAAAGUGAAUGGCAACGUUCUUCCGCAGCCAUCAGUCAUACAACGGUCAUGUCUCAACUGCAAGAGUCGGCAUUGUCGAGACCCGUAAUACGUACUGACUAUGUUGUUGGACCAUCGUCUGAUGAAGAGAAGGCAGAAUUCAGGCGGCAAGAGUGGAUACGUUACCAGAAUCCGCAUAAAUCGUUUACAUACUUAAUGCACGGUUUCGAAUCAACUGUUGGUCCAGUGAAGGGGGCUUAUGAUAAGGACACAGUGCCGAGCAAAGCACGUGACCAUUUCUUGCUGCUAAAGGAUCGACCGCCAGUUAUUACAAUCCUCGCUUUAGUGAGAGAUGCUGCUGCAAGAAUGCCCAAUGGUGAAGGAACGAGAGCCGAGAUUUGCAUUCUUUUGAAAGAUUCUCAAUUCUUGUCUCCCACGUGUACCGAUCAGCAGAUACAUCAGGUUGUUAGUGGAGCUUUGGAUCGGUUGCAUUACGAGAAGGACCCGUGUGUUCGUUAUGACAGCAGUCGAAAGGUGUGGCUUUAUCUACACUAUGGACGAACUGAAGAAGAGUUUGAGAGACUACAUAUGGCUGAAGCAGCUUUGGCGAAGUCACGAAAACGUGGAAGCGGUGGAAGACAAGCCCAAAGACAACCAAGAGCAACCAAGAGACAGGCUGCUGCAGCUACUGCUCAAAUUCCUCAGUCACAUCCAUUCACAGCAGACUCUGGUCCACCAUCUAUAUCGGUGUCUGAAUCGGGCACAAGCGUUGUGGAACCGGAACCAGAGAUUGAGUCUGAAUUCCUUAUCAAUGAGGACUCCAACAGUCAACCGACUAACUUAUCGAUACCUCAGCCAGUGAAUCCCAUAGACGAGCCUGCUUCUACGCCUGAAGUUGAUACAUCAUUUGGCAGUCACCUGGUUGAUGAGUCGGCGCCAUCUAGUAGCAGCAGUGGGAGUGGAAGCAGUAGUGAGGGCAGCAGUGGCAGUGACAGCGAAGACAACGGAGGGAGUGACUCCUCGUCAUCUCCUUCCAGCUCAGGCAGACCUCAUACAGCUGUAAUACCUGGCACCAUACAAGUCGCUGCUGAUUCUGCAUCAGAAGGCAGUUCAUCGAGCAUGUAAGAAUGAGUAUGUAACAUCACAUGUUUAUGAUGUCAAAUUAUAUGUAUGUACUGGUAUAGACAAUGAAAUAAUGGCAAACCAGAUAGAAAUGACUUUAUUAAUUAAGUUAGCUGUUAGUGACCAUUUUCUUGAAAUGUUGCUUGAAGAUAAAUUUUGUGGAAUUAGCCGCUCCUGUUGCAUUA